CUGUCGUCCACUCUGAACGCACCCCUCUUAGUCUGUCAUACCUUGCACCUACGACCAACCCUCAUCUAGCUGCCUCAAGAUGUCUACGUCUUACUACCCAUCCCCAGCGGGCUCGCUACCCGUCAAUGUACCUGGCAAGACGCCGCAAAGCCCUUAUGUCAGUCGACAUGCGCGGAGCUCUUCUGCCUACAGCCAACUGUCGGCAUCGCCUCCAGAACGUGCAGAGAGUGUCUCUUCAUCAGGCGCGGGACUAUACUCCUCAGCAUCCAGUGCAUAUGGUGGCAGCGACUAUGACUCGUCCAAUGGCGCCACGAGUGUCGAUCUGCUGGACUACAUGACCGACCGACUAUCUCAAGCUUACAACCCCAUUCCUCUCGAUAAAAAUCUGGUGAAACAAGCGCAGAUGUCCGGCGAGCUGAAUGCAAAGAAUCGCGAAAUCCUCGCAUUGCAAGCACAAGCCAGAGCACGACUCGCAAAAACACGCGCCAACUUUGCGGAAGGCAUGAAAGCUGCCAAAGAUGUGCAGCGGGAUCUCGACUGGACACAGAAGAAAGUGAAUGCGUUGAAUACCCGAGCAGCUCAGAAAUACCCCGAGCAAUACCGGGCUGCAAGUCAACGAUAUCCAGCUCCAGUGGACUACUAGCGCAAACUUCACGCCGAGAUCGAGUUCUGGAUGGCUUCCCUUCGUUCGAAUGUGUGUCUAUCAAUGAACAGAGAAAAAAAAAAACACCAACCGACGUCCCAACAAGCUUCGCAUGCUACCUGGCCCUUGCUUUCGUACCUUGCAUGCCACGCGAAGUGGCCACGGUAACGGCUCUUUUCAGGAGAUCUGAUCUGAUCUGAUCCAGCGACGUGCAUGAGGGAGAUUUGCGGUGCAGUAGUCUAGAAGAUAUGCUUUUCUUGGCUUGCCGGGUGGUUUUAGCUCUGCGGGUGUCCGGACUGUGGAAGUAAGGCUUCUUUGAAUGUGUAGAGGCUAUGACGUCGGACGCUGAGGCGGUGAUGUUGGCGUUCUCGUGUGCGAGGUGAUGGUACGACUCGCUCGUUGAAUUGUCGAAAGGAAUAAGGACUCAGCACUUCUAUACGCCGGCCGCUGCAUCACUUUGAAGUGACCGUGUAAAAUUGUGCAUGGAGUAGGCUGAGGGUCGUCUACUGCAGCGGAUUUCUGAUGUCUUCCAUGAUUCGGUGGUGCAAAACACCGAGCUCAGAUCGCCUUUCGCUGAGUUCAUCUGCCGUCGAUGUGGAGCUGAUGCAGUGCAGGGGCGGUUUCGUUUGUCCAAUGAUCGAGCGGUAAGAAGACGCCAAUGAAGUGGACGAGAGAGUACCGGCAGGACCCAGACUAUGCAGUCGGCCCAUUGCCACAACGGCACUUGCAUGGUACCUGGUACGGUAAGGUAUGUAGCCACAUUGCUGCCAUGUGUCGCUCGAUCCUAGAGCACGUGACUCGGAUCUUGGCAUGGUGACAAAUAUGGUAUAGCGCCUUUCCCAUGACUUUCUGGAAGCUACCAGCAGGAUCGUGAAGGCAACCUAGCCACCUCUGAGUGAAAUUCACUCUAGAAUGCUCGAUGCACCAUGCUGACGAAAAGUCUUACGCAGCUUCGAGAUCCCUCUAGCAUGGUCGAAGAUACCUCUAGAAU